CCCAGCACCGCCCUGCAGCUUGCCCGGGACUCUCGUGGGCGCGCGCCGGGCUGCGUCCAGGCUCAGGACUGCUGAUAAGACCUCUGCAGCCCAGGAAUCAGCGAGCUAGUGGACAGGAGUGCCUCCUCGGAAAGGAGGGACAGCGGCGGCUGCCCUGGGUCGGCCUCCCUCGGCAUGGGCUUAGCCUCUGCAGUGUCCCCGCGGUGUCUGCUGCUCUGAGGCUUCGCCCGAAAUGGGGGCAGCCCUUUCCCAGGGUGCCCUCAUCGCCAUCAUCUGCAACGGCCUCGUGGGCUUCUUGCUACUGCUGCUCUGGGUCAUCCUCUGCUGGGCCUGCCACUCCCGCUCUGCAGACAUUGACUCGCUCUCUGAAUCCAGCCCCAACUCUAGCCCUGGGCCCUGCCCCGAGAAGGCAGCCCCACCCCAGAAGCCCAGCCAUGAGGGAAGCUACCUGCUGCAGCCCUGAGCAGCCCUGGCGCCCUGCUUACCUGGAGUCUGGGGCCUGAGCCUGGCACAGGAGCCCAGGUUCUAGACGGCCUGGGUUCCAGGACUCAGAGCCUGCCUCUCUGGAGCCGGAUGUAGCAGCCCUGAGUCUGGCCCGUGGCAUGGUUCUGUGAGGGGCAUUAGUGGGCCCAGAGUGAUGGGCCUGGGGGGAGGGUUCUCGAGGGCCAUCUGGACUCUGCUCCAUCCCAAGGGCUAGGGGCCGGGUCCACCCUGUACGAGGUUGAGCAUCUCUGGAAGGCCUCCGGGGUUGGGGAAGCAAACUGGAAUCCAUGGCAAUAAUGGGAGGGUGUCCCGGUAGGGCACCUCCAUGGGUCCACCCCCUGUUUGCUGGGUAAUAAAUGGAACUGUGGCUCUA